AGGUCACGGGGUAAAGAGGCAAUGAAGCCAGAUUGGACAAGAAUAGGUCUGCGCUGUCAACUCUGCUGCAGGGAGCAGAAGGACCGCGGCGUGAGGCGGCCAAGAGCGCGCGGCACGAUGAGACAGACCCACACUGCCCUAAGCGUAAGAUACUGAAGACCUAGGGCUACACACGCUCAUGAACUGCGUCAUUGUGAAUGUUGCAGGUAGGCGGCAAACUCUUACAGAGUCCGGGAGAGCUGUUGUCAUUACGCAAUGUCGCCGGUGAAGGCUGAAUAAUUAACGGGGAUGAAUUCGGCGGAGGAUUCAAGCCUAAAUCCGCCACGGGGGUCAGCGUUCUCCUCUGCACCUAAUUUAGACACGAACAGCCCUGGAAAUACUCGCAGGCUUGUCUGUGUGAACGGGACGGACCACAAUGUCAACAUCCAAAACGAAGCCGUGCGUGGAGCGAGUGACUCCUCCACAGACUACCGGGGGCUGGUCCGGCAGAGGUUCAUCCGCAGGACAAUGUGGAUGUCCGAUUCCGAGGAGCAGCACCUGGACCCCCUGGACUUUGCCAACACCAGCUCUGUGCUCACCAUAGACCUGCGCACCAUCGUGGGCCGGAGUCGAACCCGUAACCAGGACAUUUCAAGCACAGAGAGCCAUGUAGCUCUGAAGGACAGUGCCGCAGACAGCGCCAACGCAGAUGAGGGCAAGGGGGGAAAGAUGGAGCCGGAGCCCAAAGCUGACAGCGCGGCUUUGGAUGUGACAGGGAAGGCCGGAAGUGACGAGAAUGAAGAGGAGCCCGGGAUGAAAGCGGUGUCCACCUCACCUGGGGGACGGUUCCUCAAGUUUGACAUCGAACUCGGAAGGGGUUCCUUCAAGACGGUGUAUAAAGGUCUGGACACUGACACGUGGGUGGAAGUGGCCUGGUGUGAACUGCAGGAGCGGAAACUGUCCAAAGUCGAGCGGCAAAGGUUCAAAGAGGAGGCUGAGAUGUUGAAGGCCUUGCAACAUCCAAAUAUAGUGCGCUUCUAUGACUUCUGGGAAACACAGCUGAAAGGGAAGAAGUGCAUUGUACUGGUGACAGAGCUGAUGACCUCAGGGACACUCAAAACUUAUCUAAAGCGCUUCAAGGUCAUGAAGCCAAAAGUGCUGCGGAGCUGGUGCAGGCAGAUCCUGAAGGGGCUUCACUUCCUCCACACCAGGACACCCCCCAUCAUCCACAGAGACCUCAAAUGUGACAACAUCUUCAUCACCGGGCCAACCGGUUCUGUCAAGAUUGGAGAUUUGGGUCUGGCCACACUCAAGAGGGCUUCAUUUGCUAAAAGUGUCAUUGGCACUCCUGAGUUCAUGGCCCCGGAGAUGUAUGAGGAGCACUAUGACGAGGCAGUUGAUGUCUACGCCUUCGGCAUGUGCAUGUUAGAAAUGGCCACUUCUGAAUACCCCUACUCUGAAUGCCAAAAUGCCGCUCAGAUCUACCGCAAAGUCACCAGUGGGGUAAAACCAGCCAGCUACAGCAAAGUGAGCGACCCAGAGAUAAAGGAGAUUAUAGGGGAGUGUAUCUGUCAUAAAUGGGAAGAACGGUACUCCAUUAAAGACCUUUUAAACCAUGCUUUCUUCGCUGAAGACACAGGCGUGAGGGUGGAGCUCAACGAGGAGGAUGAUGGGGAGAAGACGACUAUUGCUCUGAAGCUCUGGGUGGAAGACGCCAAAAAGCUGAAGGGAAAGUACAAGGACACUGGAGCCAUUGAGUUUACCUUUGAUUUGGUGAAUGAGGUCCCGGAAGUGGUCGCUCAGGAAAUGGUCGAUUCUGGGUUUUUUCUGGAGUGUGAUGUGAAGAUUGUGAGUAAGUCCAUUCGGGACCGAGUGGCUCUGAUCAAAUGGAGGAGAGAGCGCAGAGAGACAAAUGGAGAAGCACUGAAGAAGCCUCAGUCCAACCUGCUGCAGGUCCCUGGAGCUGUUCCCAGUCUGGCCCCAGACUGUGAGGAGCAGGAGGCAGAGCCACACACACUGGUCUGCAGUGUGCCCAUCAUUGCACCUGCCACAUCUGACACUGGAGUGAGUUCCACCAUCCAAUUAGACGAACACCAGACCCAACAGAAUGUACCCUUUCAGUCUCUGCCAGAGCCCUCCUCUCAGAUUUCCAGCCCCCCUGCACAGGCUGACCUUCAACUGCUGCAGGGGUCCCACCAGCAAACAGGAGCACCGGCCCCACAAGAGACCUACACUGCACCUUCUACACAGACAGUUUCUGCUCCAGAGACCAUAACAACAGCACAAAACCUGUCUUCUUUAUCAGCUCCCACUCCUCCACAGACCCAGCUCUUUAAGCAACUAGAACAGGUAUCCGGCGAUGUGCCCUCCUCUUACCCAAGUCCUCCAGACAUGUCUGCUAACCCCUCAUAUUCAGUGCCUGUGCUGCCGCUGCAGAUCAAUACAAAGCAGAACUACCCUGGAUCCCACACAAGCUCAUGUGGCAUCCAUCCCCCUCACUUCUUGCCUUUCUCCCAGGUUCAACCCACCCCUUACCCUGAUAAGCACCAUGAGCAGCUCCUGACUGGGCAGCAGCCUGUCCAGGUGCAUGUGAUCACUCCUUUGAAGAAUCUGGGAGAUCAGCUCCCAGCUUUGGCCCCCUCUGUCAUUAUUCCACCUGCUCAGUUUCCCCACGUGGGAAGUGAAGAUAAAGAAACCGCCGCAGCUUCUCAGAAAAUAGGUCCAGGCACAGUCCCUGACUCAGUCUCAGCAGAAACCCCACUUCCAUUACAUUCUCGAGGUUUAUGCUCCCCACCAAACCUGCCUCCCCCUGCUGCAGUGUGUCAGACAGCAGGCCCCCACACAUCAGUCCUCUCUAUCCAAACGGACCAUCAGAGCAGCCCCCCUGCAGACCCAGUGAUACCUCCGACCUCAGCACCAUCCCUCCCAGGGGCGGCCCCGACUGCUACUGCUGUGUUGGCACAAGCACAAACUGCAGCCACUCCUCAGAUGGCAGCUCUGCAGCCUGCUGGCAUCCUCAGCACUGUGUCUCUGCCCGAGUGUGCCAGCCUGCCCCCAACACAGCAAAACACGGAAGCUACAUCUGCAUCCAGCACCUUACAACAAGAUCACUGUUUAGAGGAUCUGCUGAAGGAGAAACCAACAUCAUUACCAAACUACUGCUUUGACAGUGUAAAUUCUGAUGCAGCAUCUAGUAAAGAAUAUAGCGAUGGCUAUGAUAGCCUUGCCAGUGCGGGAAAGGGAGAUGGAAAGCAUAAAAAACACCGCAAAUCUGCACGAACACGGUCGCGUCAAGAGAAGACCAGCAAACCUAAACUGAGCAUGCUCAAUGUUUCAAACACCGGUGAUAAAAUGGUUGAAUGUCAGCUUGAAACUCACAACCACAAAAUGGUGACUUUUAAAUUUGACCUGGAUGGAGACGCUCCAGAAGAAAUAGCCACUUACAUGGUGGAAAAUGGUUUUAUCUUACUGAUAGAGAAGGAGAUCUUCAUUGACCAGCUGAAGGACAUAGUGGAUAAGGCUGAAGAUAUGCUGCAUGAAAACACGGAGGGAGAGAAAGUGGCUGUGCUGAGCUGUAGUCCCAAGCAUGGCCAAACCUCAGACAGUCAGCUUGGGGAGAGUCAACAGACUGGUGCUUUUCAGCCUGUCUACCAACAAAAUGUUCUUCACACUGGAAAAAGAUGGUUCAUAAUCUGCCCUGUAGAAGAGACCCCCCGUCAGGAGACCACCUCCACCACAGCGCAGUCACCUGGGACCUCUGCUCCAGCCCAGGACGACUUUGGAGCGAGACAACCUUCAACCCUCAGAGAGGAUGGCUCAUCUUCCACAAUGUCUGGUGGAAGUGGAGGAUUUCCAUAUGAUGUCUAUGGCUUCUGUAGUCCUCCGAUAAUGUCCAACACAGACCCCCUGCUUUUAGCUACUCUGUCCCCUCCUGUGUCUGCCCCUCCCACAUUACAGUCAGUCCUUCCAGUGGAGCCAGCUGCCAGUGCUAUCUCACAGGUGCCGCUGCCUCUGGAGGAGUCCCAGGCCUCUCCUGUGGGUUCCAUUUCCCCCAUUAACACUGUCCAGCCAUUAGCAGAGCUCCCCCAUCCCACAACUAUAGCAGAGGAGCUGCCCUGCUGUCCUCUGGUCUUGUCUCUGGAUGUGAGCGGCCCUCAGACAGGCUCUCCUCUCACCCCUUUGCCUCUGCAUGAGCCAACUCUAUCCAAAGAGCCUCUGUCUUUGGCUUACACAUCUGCAGCACGUGAUCGGCCCCAACAGCCUGUGGUGCUGCACCAGCCUUUCUCCAAUGUGACAAAAGUGUCCUCUCUGCCCCAGAGCCCAGCACCCUCCCAGCACGGGGCAGGGACCACAGAGUCUGACGCAGAGGGCAGAGUGGGGCGUGGGGGCUUUGUGGACAGCACUAUAAAAACCUUGGAUGAGAAGCUGAGGAACUUACUUUAUCAGGAAUACGCUCCUAUGUAUCCAUCAGGCAGCACUGCAGAGACCCCAGGAUCAGGAACUGAGUACAUACAGUCACCUCCAGGUCCAGACAGUGCCACAAUAGGGUCCGGAAACAGCACCCCAGGGCCCAUUGGGGAAGGCCGCUAUCGGGCAGGCGAACAGCUCCCGCAGAUUCCUGAGAGAAUAGAUAGUCUGAGCACACUCAGUGAUUCUGCAGUGUGUGCUUCACUGUCAAGAAGACAAGUCCCUCAUUCUGCUUCUUGCUCUGGGACAAGAGGCCGGUUCAAGAUCAUCUCUGUCCCGCCUGAAGUGGCUAACAGACGAGAUGUGAAGCAGAGGAGCUGGAGCAGUGUGGUCUCUCCACCUCAGGCUGUGGGGUACCUGGUGGAGCAGGUGGAGGUCUUGGCUCCCUCCACGACUAUCGGCCGUUUCUCUGUAGUGAGCACAGAGGAUGAGAUCACACAGAGGACGCGCUGCAGUCGUUACUCUGCACCACCAGACUUCUACCUGGACACUCCGCCCCAACCAACCUCCAGCUCUGUGCCAGUGGAUGUCACAGUUCAUGCCCGCUUUAUAUCCUCUGACUCUGGGGCAGAAAGCAGCCCUGCAAAGCUGCCCCCAUGCACCCCGUCCCAGCACAAUCGCUCUGAGCGAAGAGGAAGUGACCUCAUGAAGAGGGCGGUGGCCUUCCUGCGUCGCUCGGGGCGCAGUAGUAGUGUUCAGAGCUCGGACUCUCCAGCGCAUCACGGAGGGGUACACGGCUCUGCUUAUGGCAGCAGUGACAAUGACUCUGAGAUGGAGGACUCUGACAUCAAGAGGGAGUUACAAAGGCUCAGGGAAAAACAUUUGCGGGAGAUUUCGGAGUUGCAGGCCCACCAGAGAGAUGAAGUGGAACUGCUUUAUCGACGCCUUGGUAAAGCCCCACCCCCUGGCCUAGCACUCUCCCACACAGCUCCACCUGCAGCCCGCAGAAAGAGAUCCGGCAAACACAGGCUUAAGGCAGGCAAACUCCUCAGCCCUUUGGUUCAGCAGUUCAGAAAUGUCAAAACCAGGACCAAUGAAUCCAGCAAGGCCUCCACUGCAGCCUGUGCUGCAGCAGGUGAGACUGUAGUGAGUUUGAAUGGAUCUCCAGCCAAAGGGCCCUUCCCGAGUCAGGGCCGCCCGCGCUCCUGCACCAGUCACCUGCCCACAUCCACUUCAGAGCCAGUGCAUACACAACAGCCCUGCUCCCUCAAAGGCUCCUUCUCCUCUGACAACAUUUACUCUGGUCAUCACGGAGACAGUAGCACCGCCGCUCCACCGGCACAAGGCUGGUCUAAUUACCCUCCAUCGACCAAGAGUGUGACUUAUAAAUCCAGUAACAAGCCUCGCGCUAGAUUUCUGAGGACAACACUAAAGCGACUGUGCUUGGGCAAAGACCGUGGCACCAGGUCUGGUGCAGGACCUGGUGCUUUCAGUCAGCCUCACCCGCCCCCCUCUGGUACCACCCCUCCACCUCAUCAGCCAGUCAUAGGUCUGGCUCAGGCCAACAACAGCAACAACAAGACGCGCUCCUACAGUGUGACAGAACACGUCCUGUGUGAGGACCUGCAGAGGCUCAUGGAUGACUGGGCCAAAGAAGUGUUGAUCGUAACCCAUCGUCCCAGGACAAACUCUCUCAGCAUCAGUGGGCAGCGGCUUUAUGAAGAGAUGCCCCCAAAGCAUCAACAACAGCAGACUAAUGUUUCCAGUGUGUGGGCAGCGGUGGAUCACAACCCCUAUAGUCUUCCUUUAGCUGAUGGUUCGAGGUGUGCCCUGUUGAACCAUGUCUCCCCUGGACUGUGUGCCUGUUACCCCCUUUCUGUGUCUCCGCUCCAGGCUUUGCCCUCUCAGCUCUCUGUCAGCCAGGGGCCCGGGCUGCCCUACCCCCACCCCUCAGGAGCAGUCUUUGCUUUCCCUCCUGUCCCAUCUGCCCUGGAUGCCCUCCCCAGUCCCAUUACAUCUCCAUCACAUCAGCCUCCUUGUUCACCUCAUGACCUUAGGACUCAGUAACUGCAGUAGCUUUGCGUCUUCCAACUCUAUGACAGUAAUAUUAUUAAGACAAGAAGGUCAUUUCAUCUGUGCAUAUAUUGUAUAUAUUCAACCAGCAUGAUUUGUACAUAUUGACCUCUGCUUUUAAUUGUGACAAAUGCCACAUCUUCAAAUAGAUUUGAGUGUAGCUACAUUGAAACUAUAUUUCUUAUUGCUAAAUUAUAGGUGCCUGUAUCAGCACUACUUCAACUUAAUAUUUUAAUACUGUGGAGAAGUCUAUUCAUAAUUAUGAAGGGAACCAUAUUCAAAAAAUUUAAUACAUCCAAAUUGGAUCAUUUCAUGCAUUUGUUGACUAUAUUGUGAUGACGAUAGCCU